GACAGCUAGAGAACUAGAGCAAAGAUCUGCACAAUUUUGAUCCAUAAUAAAGUACAUUCCUCGCUCACACCAUCCACUCUCUAAAACUGCCCACCACACUGUGCUAUCAGCCCAACGCUCACCCUACUGAACUACUUGGCUAAUCAACUCAACAACAUUUCGACAUAAAUAAAUCGCAUGGUCGGAGGAGAGCCUUGACAUGACGACCCCAUCCCAAAAAGCAACCGCUCCCUCAUCCCCCUCCGCUCUCGUCGCAGAGCUCCUGCUCUGGACUUGCAAGAAAAAGUUGAAACAAUAACGGCCACCCUCCGCCUCCUCCUCCUCCCAACUCGGCUCAGCAAAACACAAUGCAAAGAGUGGCCUAAUCUCAUUGUUCAGAAAUUCCUGGGCAGGGCAGAGGAAGGUCUGUUGGAGCAUGUCUGGCCACCCACAAAUUCACAUUCGUAUGGGAGUGGUUAGUUAUCAACAGUGAAAGCAGAGUACAAAUUGCAGUCGUUAUGCAGUUGGUGGGGUAAAAGGACAGAAAAUGUAACCUACAUAAUUAUUGCUGUGCUAUUGAUUGAGUGGAAUUGCCCAUAUGAACUUAUUCCUUUGUGUGAUUGUGUGUGUGUAUACAAAUUGAGAUUGAAAUGGGAUCUUCCGCAAUAGGGAAUUAAUCAUACAGCAGUGACUGCAUAAUACUGACAGUUCCUGGCCCAUGAUUGUGGCCCCCACACGCGGGGAGAGGGGUGGCCAUAAUCAAUCCUCCCAACCAAAUGCCAGUUCUAGAACAGUGUGUGACAUCAGUGACAGUCGUAGUGGUAGAAGUAGCAGAGUGACCUUUCAGUAAGAUCGGGAACUUGACAUCCAUGCAUUUAAUUAGCAAUAAGAAUAUUAAAGGUGGCCGUCCCAUUUAAUGCAUAGGAAUUAGAAGCCUCCCUUGCUUGGACCCUCUUGCUUAUUAGUGGUGGUGCAAUUUGUAACCAAUUCGUCAAUACCCCUCAGUCAGUUGUGGUGUCGUCGUCGUCCCCCGGGGGCUAUACGAAGGUCGUAGAUUCCUGCGUGGUGCAUGGAGAUGAGCUGCUGCUGGAACUAGAUUGAGAUGAGGUGGACGAUGAUGGACAGUAGAAGUAGUAGUGGCAGUGGUGGUGCUUUCACUGCGUUGAAUAAUAAAAUAAUAUGCAAUGAAUAACAUGUGGACUCACCAACAACAUCUGACUCUUCAAUAGACUUUUGCGAAAUAUCUUAUAUUAAGGUUCUUUUCUCCUUUUUUUCUGUUUUUUGGCGAUUUUUCGACCUUUUCGUCGAAGAAAAAAUCGUCCAGCUCAAGUUCAUUCCACUUCUUGAGCAACUCGGUCGGAUCUGUUGUCCUCAAGUCUUUACGCUGUGCAAGCUGUAAAAAAUUGCAUAGUCUCCAAAGAUCCAAUCCAGUUCAACUCCUGUAUAUCCACUCUACAUCUCUCUAUCUACUACCUAUUUAAAUCCAAUUCCUUGGAAUUUUCUCUUUUCGAAAGACAAGUUCAAAGUAAAUCAGUCACGACGGCGGGCUACAGUAAGAAGAACGUGUGUUCCUCCAACACCGGUUCCACGCAAGGCAAGAACUCCCUCAUCGAGAAGAGCUGCUGCAAAUGUGAUAAUAUGGCUGCAUCUUCCAGCCGUGGGAUUCAGAUGGGGUCGGCGUGGUUUCAGCGGAAGAUCAACCUUCGCCCGCAGCAUCGAGGGGUUCAUCUGGUCACGGAGGAAAUACUCCGACAAAUCCCAGAACUGGGCAAUUUCACCGUGGGCUUAUUUCAUAUCCAGAUUCUGCACACAUCUGCUAGUCUGGCGUUAAACGAAAGUUGGGACCCUGACGUUCGAGACGACAUGGAAUCCAUGCUUAAUAAACUAGUGCCUGAGGGACUGCCUUAUAAACAUUCAUGCGAGGGUCCCGACGACAUGCCUGCUCACGUAAAGGCCUGUCUACUGGGUUCAUCCUUAUCAAUUCCAAUAAGUGAUGGGAAGCUUAAUCUGGGAACGUGGCAAGGAAUCUGGUUAGCAGAACACAGGAACCACGCAGGAAGUAGAAAGCUUGUGGUGACCUUGAACGGAGUGCUUGCGCCAGGAACGCCCAUUUCGACCGCCUCCUCAGGGCAAAAUCCGCACUCACACCAUUCCCACUCUCACAGCUAAUCAUCCUCUUCCUUAGACACCAAAUUACUUUUUAUCCUCUCAUUACUCUUAUUAGCGUUAUCAUCGUUGACAUCUCCUCACACACACACACACACACUUUAUACAAUUCGGUUUGCUUCCCCUCGUGUGGGGACACUCACCACCUGUUCAACCACUCUGGCAGUGGGCGCAGGUCUUUUCACCUCAUGUUAUAAGCUAUAUUCUCUAUCAACGACGCAAUCAAUUACUUUAAUUGAGUGCAUUGAAAAUUUAAGCAGACACACUACAUUGACACAAUACUGACCACAUGACAAAAGGCCAACGAAUAAUGUAUGUAGAUACGCCAAACCAUAACCACACUUGACUGGCCCACCAAGUAAGCUGUGAAUAAUUAGUGCGUGCGACGAAUAAUUAACUUAUGACGACAAAUUAUUUACACGAACGAAACUUAUUUCUCUUCCUUAAAAUUUUCACAGUGAUAAUAUUUUCCCGAAUCACGUCCACUUGUGUAUUUUGCUCACUUUCCUACACGGCAUUAUUUAUCGCCGAUAACCAUCCACUGCUUUGUAUGAUAACGAUUAUGAUUGAAUAAUCCACUAUAGAGUUUAGACCAUUCCAUCCUCUUCAAUUUGCCCUGAAAUGAAUUUAUUAAUAAUCUUGAGCAAAAGAAUACAAAUUUUAACAAGGGGCCUCCUCCGAUGCACCAGCAGAUACUAUCACAAUUUAGUAUGUGCCAUUCUUUCUAAAUCUUUGGUUUAAAAGAGGUCGAGUAAUUUGUUUAUUCCAAUAAUAUGUCCCUCAAGAAGGGUAAAAGUUUCCGUCAUUUGCGACGUGACAGGGUCCCAUCACUCCUCCACAUCUUUCCCGAGAUGCCCAAACGUGUUACACACAAUAAGUUGUGAUUCCAUUUGCAGUAGAGGCUUUGAAAACCACAGUGAAAGCACUUGUGAAUUUUCCGCCGCCGGUGUAGUCCUUGGCACACGGUCCGUGGAAGUCCUUUCCAUCCACAUAUUUAAGAAGCAUGCGGUGCAUAAUUCAUACAUAUUAUGCACAAAAACACACACACACACAACCCUUAAUGCCAGCCAUAAUAAUUGAUUGCCAGCCAGCCACCUAUUUUUGGGACACUGAUUCCACUACAAAAAUAAUUAAGCACAAAAAUGAAAUGAUUGGUGCACGACAAUUAGUUGUUACUUAUAUUGAAAUAUGGUUUUUAAGAGUUUUUGGACAGAGCUCGAUUUGAAUAUCACUACACACCCAUAAACUUUAUACAAUCACCUCUCUCUCUCUCUCUCUUGAUCCACCUCCUUUCCUGGGAAAUCACUCUAAUCAAUUCCACUUCCUCAUUCCUUGAGUUAUUUCCACUCGGGCUUCACGGCCGCCGACCUUGGAGCACUCUCCGCACGCCCUGACGCCCACGGUGACAGACCCCCCAGACGCAUGCUGACUUGUUUCAUAAUCAUUCACGGGACUCUUUUUAGACGUAAGGCCACAACAACUAUGCAAAUCAACUGUUGAUGCACAAUUGGGGGUUGGGGCCGGGUUGCUAACCUAACUCUCCUCCACGUUGAUGGUGAUUUGCGCCGAGACAGCGCUCGAAUGUCCUCCCAAAGACUUUGGCGCAUGUCCACUUCUCAAGUGAGAAAAUGAUAGUGAGAAAACUUCCUUAAUAAGUAAUAAUACAUAAUAAUAAAAUAAUAAUUAAUAGGGACACGUUUAUAAAACUAACCUUUUAACGCUAAGUGAAGCAUAUAUUGUGUAUCUUACAUAUUAUAUCGUUAUAUUUUAGCAUAAGUUUCCUAAAGUAAUAAUUCGCCACUGCUUGCGAUGUUUUUCGCAUCACACCACAACACAACCAGAGAAUCAAGAAGAAGAUGAUACGUAUUAUGAGUACGGACUAAAAUUGUGUAGGUCCAACAAUCAGCAGCAGCAGAAAUUACCUCCAAACCAGCAAAAACUUCUUCUUCUUCUCCUGUAAUUUCCUUAGACGAGCUGCAUGCUGUAUAAUUUUGAAUAGCUUAUUUUUGACUCGUUUCAUUACUAAUGUUUUUUGGGGUAUCAAUUUUCUGGUCAACUCCACGCCCAUUGUAUUACUGUUAAUGCAUACAUAGGCCGAUGGCAGCAUCAGCAGUUCUGCAAUAUGUACAUUUAGCGACAAAGACCAAGCACAAUCAAAUAUUAACUAUUUCAAUCCACACUCCUGAGCAGAAAGCUAACAAAAAUUAUUAUGGUGCAGAUAUUUAAAACCGACGACGAGUUGUUUGACUUUAAUAAGAAUUUUGGUGCAGACUUGAAAAUCAAUCGAAAAUAUUCAUCAAAAAGCCAAAGUAAUUUAUGACUACGAUAGACUUUACACUUUACGUGGGUGAACCUAUACACACGCCACAAAUAUAUAUUCAAAAUGUCCUGAAUUGAACAGUUUUCAGCCGCUAGUUGCAGUAAUUUUGUGGUACCACUUAUGUCCUUACCACUGCACAGAAUUGUCCUAUAUACUCCAUUCUUAAUAAUAUCAGCCAUCUACUUAUCAUGAUGCUACCCAUACUUUCUGAUUUUUCUAUUGCAGUACCGUAGCUUCUUUGGUUCAGGUAGCCAUCCUUCAGGUCAUCAUCACUUUUGCCGUUAUUAGUUGGCUUCGAAUUCUCUCCAAGUCUAUGUCAGGGUACUUACUAACUACAAAACAGCAGCAGCAGUAUAAUAAAUUAAAACUCGACCAAGGACCGUGUAUAAUUAAUUAUGCAUGGCGGCGUGGUCAUGAACUAUUAUUAUCAUCAGCUUGGACAUUUCUGAGUAUAAAAGUCUCGCACACAAAAAUUAUAGGUUUCCAGUUUUUCUCUCUUUUCAUGAAUUUUAAACAAAAUGUUUGAAAAUUGUACUUCCAAUGAAAACAAUGAAACUCCACUAUGUACGAUAUACAUACAUACAUUCAUAAAUAAUGCUAAAGAUUAGCGUUACCUUUACUCUGUAUCCUCCUCUCUGACAUAAGUAAUUAUUCAAUCGAGUAAUAAUUACACUUUAAUAUCCGUAGUUUACUGCUUACUUCAUAGUUCACGUCAUACAUAAUUAUCGUAUUAAUAGUUAAAGUACAUAACAUAACUGCAUACAAGGGUGGGGUUCAAAAUCUUACUUAUUACAUAAUAAAUGAUACCGCGCUAGGCCACACUCUACAAUAAAUGAACAAUUAACUUACACACAAUAACGAGUAAACUCUCUGAGAAAGAUACGACGACUAUACUGCAUUUUCAUUCUACAUAAAGUUACAAAUUAUAGGUUGACUUGUAAUUGCGUACAUACAUACAUAAGUAAUUGUCAUCAUAUAAUAACUGUCGAGGGGGGAAGGAGGGAGAGUAAAAUGUAAUAAUAUGAGAAUUCAAUCAACUAUAAGCACUACCUAUUCAACGAAAUACUAUACAACUAACUAGCCGUAACUAAAAAAUGACGAGCGUAAUGCGGCGGCGUAAUUCGUGAUUGACGAAUAAUUAACUUAACAAUUAUGUAAAUUUGUCGAAUCUUCGAUCCAUGCAACGAUUACUAGUUGUGUCGAUACUAAACGAAUCAAAUAAUAAAAAUUAUAUAAUGAAAGAUC